GUAAUAAUCACUUGGGAUAAUGCUAACUACUUAUUUCGAGAGAUGAUAACCCCAUCAAACCAAGGAACGACACACAACGAACACAUUUAAGAUGACAAAUCCUAGCACAGAGGCAUGGACGACUGUGCUGGAAAAUAUUACACGAAGCACUCCAGUCAUGGAAAACUUCACUAUUGGCCCGGCAGAGAACACUCCCUUGGAUCUUUCUAAUUGGGUUGAGGCUCUUACACUGCUGACAACAAAUCUCUCAAUCAUACUUUCCAUGUUUCUGCUGUUGAUUUUCCGAUGCAUUGUUCAGACAAAAGAAGAUUUGAUAGUUUAUUUGGUUCAAUUUCUGGCAGUGAUUGACUUAUUCUUUUGUGUAGGGAUGGAUAUGGGAAUAGCUUACUAUACGAGCAGUGACAAAGGAAAAUAUGAAAGUUUUUGUGUUGUGGAAAGCUUCAUCUGCACAUUCUUCGAUUUGGUCUCCUUCUUUUAUACAUUAUACGUCAUCAUCUAUGUGUUUUGUGUAACUGUUUACAAAGCAGAAUGGAUGAAGGGUAAAACAGCAAAGCGCAUAUAUCAUUCUUUAGCCUGGGGUGUACCUGCAGUAAUAACCAUUUCUGCGGCCAGUACAGGAGCCUUAGGCGAUGCGAGGUCACGAUUCGGGUCCUGGUGUUGGAUAAAAGACGAAAUAUCCAACAAAGAGCGUCUUCUUUGGAUGUUAUUUACAAAGCAGAUAUGGGAGAUAUUGAUUUAUGUGCUUUCCGCUUUUCUUAUCAUCCUCACCAUAUGGUUGAAAAAACGAAAACGAAGGAUAGAGGAGCAAUCGCGUAGCCACAUGUAUCAAUCACCAAAUGAAAACGAAGAAGCUUCAGGAUUGACUUGCAGAAGGACCAGAAACACACCGCACUUCAAUAUAAUGGUUUGGGUGUUGUUCUAUUUCUACUUUACGCGGAUUUGGGGUACUACUAGGAUCAUGAUCCGUAUCGUCGGCCUGGCUUUUGGGUCGUCUACAGUACCAGGGUUUGUACCUUGGGAUGAAAAGUUCUUCAUACACGCCCAAAGUGUUGGGGGCUCUCUGCAAGGGACAAUGAACUUCCUUAUGUUUUGUUAUUGUGAUGAUAAGGUUUGGCGUCAGGUCCGAAAUAAGAUAUGUUGUUGGAAACAAGAUGGUGACAUGGAUUCUGAUUCGAUUCCAGUUUUGGAAAAGAACAUUGGCAAUAAAAGCUAUGGUUAG